UAAUCUAUUUAGUUGCUUUUUAAAACAUGUAAAAGUUGUAUUCCCAAUUGUCACAGAAUGGGUUCCAGAUCACGGCCAAGGCUAUUGCGCAACAAAGUUUAUUACAGUUAAAAAAAGAUUGUUGACGUGUAGGGUGACGCAUGUCCGGAGAUGUUAGUGUAACCAGUGCUGUGGAGGUUCAGUGGAGGCGCCACGUCCGCAUAAACUGGAGGAUGCUGCACUGAGGGACACCUUUACACCACAGUAGCUCUGUGCUCGGAGAAGACCUGCACUCCUGUGGACAUCAGAAUAAGCUCCUGGAGAUAAAGUAGCAGAGGGAGGCUGUUGAUUCACCACCAGGUGCACUUUAAUAUCAACUCAACUCUAUUAAAGUCCUUCUGCAGCCACGAGAAGACCCCCCGGUGCCAUGGUGAAGGACGUUAACCACGUGAGCUCAGAAGAGAGGCCUGGGACCAGCAACUCCGGGGAGAACACGGAGGGGCUGGAGAGCGACCCAGCAGCAGAUCCUGGUAAGGAGCAUCCUGUGGCCGCGCCCGGCAUGGUGUGGCGCGUCACCGGCGGACUGUUCAACGUCACCAAAGGGGUCGUUGGAGCGGCCGUGGGGGGAGUGGCCUGGGUGGGCGGGAAGAGCCUGGAGAUCACCAAGACUGCAGUGACCUCGGUGCCCGCCUAUGGCGUCGGGUUGGUGAAGGGGGGCGUGUCCGCAGUGGCCGGGGGCGUAUCUUCCAUGGGCUCCACGGUCGCCAAUAAGGUCCCCUUUACGGCCAAAAGGAAAGACAAGGCGGAGUGAGGAUGAUCACGUGGACUUAUCAACAUUUUGCUUUACUGCCCCACCCUGAGCCACGGAGCGUUCCCAUGUGUGGCUGGUCCUUGUCUUUCAGCGUUCCAGAACUUUCUUAUCUUCCUAUGUACAGACCAGUGAAUUGCAUGUGGAUACUUUUUUCGGCGCUCUUAUUUUUUAAGUGUGUUUUUUCUUGAGAGGGAAGUAAGGAAUAAUCGCUGGGUGUGAUUAUUCCUCAGACAUCGAGUCAUAGUCAAAGAGGGCCUUGACUAUGACUUGUGGCUAGCAACAAUACUCUAAAACUGUUCUCAAAGGGCGAUAAGAUACAGGCUUAGGUUAGUGUUUAGGAAUCACUUGUAAAUGAAUAAUUGGAUCAUUCACACCGUCAUUAUCUCAUGACAAGUACACGGUUUCAUUUAAGCAAGUGUCUUCUAACCUCAUGAAUCCUGAAAGCUCCAGUCGUUUGCCUGCAUACUGGAACUCUAGAAAGUUGAAGUACUUCUUGAUCGAAUACCUGUUUACUGUCUGCAAGAAAAGGAGUAUGUUGGAAGUAUUUAGUUAGAAUUACAACAUUUCAAUGCAAAAUGUAAGUUAUGCAAAUCCAUUGCUGAUGGACAGUAUUGGUGUGAGUAUGAAUGUCAAUGCCUUACUUUCCCUUUCAAUAAAGAUAUUGGGAUCAUUCAA